UCUUUCGUGAUUGGUCAGUGAAGAAUAGAACAACUUGGUGUUCGUGAAACAAAUCGAAAUGGCAAAAUUCGGCGCCAUUUUGUGCCGGUAUCAGCGUCGUUGUGAAUGUGGUGUUCAAGAAAGAAAUAAUUUUAUCGAGCCGCAUAGCGGCCAUCGGCCCUUCAUUAUAAACGGUGUAGGAUAAACCGAUACAAAGAUGUAUUUGUAUAACUUGACCCUUCAAGGCUCUACAGCCAUUACCCAUGCUGUCCAUGGUAAUUUUUCUGGGACCAAACAGCAAGAGAUAGUGAUAUCACGUGGUAAAACUCUGGAGAUGCUUCGGCCAGACCCUAACACCGGAAAAGUACACACGCUCAUGAAAGUGGAGAUCUUCGGCAUCAUAAGGUCCAUGAUGGCAUUUCGACUUACCGGCGGAACUAAAGAUUACAUCGUGAUUGGAUCAGACUCUGGACGGAUAGUGAUCUUGGAAUACAUUCCUGCUAAGAACAUUCUAGAAAAGGUUCACCAAGAAACAUUUGGGAAGUCUGGUUGCCGUAGAAUUGUACCUGGACAGUAUUUGUCCAUUGAUCCAAAAGGCCGGGCUGUAAUGAUUGGUGCAAUUGAAAAGCAGAAGCUUGUUUACAUUUUGAACAGAGAUGCAGAGGCUCGCUUGACAAUAUCAUCACCACUGGAGGCACAUAAGUCCAACACACUGGUCUACCACAUGGUCGGAGUAGAUGUUGGCUUUGAGAACCCCAUGUUUGCUUGUCUGGAAAUAGACUAUGAAGAGGCUGACUCCGAUCCUACUGGUGAAGCUGCUCAAAAAACACAACAAACCCUCACAUUUUAUGAAUUGGACUUGGGAUUAAAUCAUGUUGUCCGAAAAUAUUCAGAACCUUUGGAAGAGCAUGCCAAUUUCCUUAUCACAGUUCCAGGUGGCAAUGACGGCCCAUCUGGUGUACUUAUUUGCUCAGAAAACUAUUUAACUUACAAGAAUCUUGGAGACCAGCAUGACAUCAGAUGCCCCAUACCUCGACGAAGAAAUGACUUGGAUGACCCUGAGAGAGGAAUGAUCUUUGUCUGCUCCGCUACUCACAAAACAAAAUCCAUGUUCUUCUUCCUAGCACAGACUGAACAGGGAGAUAUUUUCAAAAUAACCAUUGAAACUGAUGAAGACAUGGUGACAGAGAUCAAACUGAAAUACUUUGACACAGUACCUGUAGCUACAUCUAUGUGUGUUUUGAAGACUGGAUUUUUGUUCGUAGCUUGUGAAUUUGGAAACCAUUACUUGUAUCAGAUAGCUCACUUGGGAGAUGAUGAUGAUGAACCAGAAUUCAGCUCUGCUAUGCCCUUAGAAGAAGGAGACACAUUCUUUUUCGCACCCAGACCAUUGAGGAACUUAGUGCUGGUGGAUGAAUUGGACUCUCUUUCUCCAAUAUUAUCUUGCCAUGUUGCCGAUCUGACUGGCGAAGACACCCCUCAAGUGUACUUGGCUUGCGGCCGAGGACCCAGGUCCUCCCUGAGGGCCUUGAGGCAUGGUCUGGAAGUGGCUGAAAUGGCUGUUUCUGAACUACCUGGCUCCCCUAAUGCUGUGUGGACCGUUCGAAGACACAAAGAUGAGGAAUUUGAUUCUUACAUCAUAGUGUCAUUCGUAAACGCCACCCUUGUACUGUCUAUCGGUGAGACGGUGGAGGAGGUGACUGACUCGGGGUUCCUGGGCACGACGCCGACGCUCAGCUGCCACGCGCUCGGCAACGACGCGCUCGUGCAGGUGUACCCCGACGGCAUCCGACACAUCCGCGCUGACAAGAGGGUCAACGAGUGGAAGGCGCCCGGCAAGAAAACUAUCGUCAAGUGCGCCGUCAACCAGAGACAAGUCGUCAUCGCCUUGACGGGCGGCGAACUCGUCUAUUUCGAAAUGGACCCUACUGGUCAACUAAAUGAGUAUACAGAAAGGAAGAAGUUGUCAUCAGAUGUAUCCUGCAUGGCAUUGGGAUCUGUAGCAGCAGGAGCUCAAAGGGCAUGGUUUCUGGCUGUUGGCUUAAAUGACAACACAGUCCGAAUUAUAUCUUUGGAUCCAGCGGACUGUCUGGCUCCGCGCUCCAUGCAAGCUUUGCCGGCGGCUGCCGAGUCCCUAUGCAUUGUGGAACAACCAUUUGAAUCGGGAGCAAAGGCUGCCCUUCACCUCAACAUUGGGCUGAGCAAUGGAGUACUACUUAGAACCACACUAGACUCCGUCACCGGCGACUUGGCAGACACGAGGACAAGAUACCUGGGAUCGAGACCGGUCAAGCUGUUCAAAGUGCGCGUCCAGGCAGCCGAGGCUGUGCUGGCAGUGUCGUCGAGGACCUGGCUCGGAUAUCACUAUCAAAAUCGAUUCCAUUUAACUCCACUAUCCUAUGAAUGCUUGGAAUAUGCUGCCGGUUUCAGUUCAGAACAAUGUGCGGAAGGUAUCGUCGCCAUCUCUUCAAACACGCUUCGGAUUCUCGCACUAGAAAAGCUCGGCGCAGUUUUCAAUCAGACCUGCAUACCAUUAGAAUACACUCCCAGGAAGUUCGUUAUCAACCCAGACACCAACCAUAUCAUAAUAUUGGAAACUGACCAUAACGCGUACACUGAGGAGAUGAAGAAGCAGCGGCGCGUGCAGAUGGCGCAGGAGAUGCGCGAGGCGGCGGCGGGCGGCGGGCCCGACGAGCAGCAGCUAGCCAACGAAAUGGCCGACGCCUUUGUAUCUGACGUUCUCCCAGAAAACAUAUUCUGUUCACCUAAAGCUGGUGCAGGCAUGUGGGCGUCGCAGAUCCGCGUGGUGGAGCUGAGCGCGGGCGGCGCGGGCACGCUGUGCAAGCUGCCGCUGGAGCAGAACGAGGCGGCCGUGUCGCUGUGCGUGCUGCGCUGGGCCGCGCACGGGGACGCCGCCGCGCCGCACCUCGUCGUCGGCGUCGCCAAGGACAUGAUCCUGUCGCCGCGCUGCUGCACCGAGGGCAGCCUACACGUCUAUAAGAUCACACCUGGUGGUAAACUAGAGCUGGUGCACAAGACGCCGGUGGACGAGUACCCGGGCGCGCUGGCGGCCUUCCACGGCAAGCUGCUGGUGGGCGUGGGGCGCAUGCUGCGGCUCUACGACAUCGGCCGCCGCAAGCUGCUGCGCAAGUGCGAGAACCGACACGUGCCCAACCUCAUCGCGGACAUCAAGACCAUCGGACAGAGAAUAUACGCAUGCGAUGUUCAAGAAUCAGUAUUUUGCGUCAAAUAUAAGAAGCGGGAAAACCAGCUGAUUAUAUUUGCUGACGACACCAAUCCCAGAUGGAUCACAAACAGUUGUAUUCUGGACUAUGAUACAGUAGCCAUGUCUGACAAAUUUGGGAACAUUGCUAUUAUAAGACUGCCGCACUCCAUCAGCGAUGACGUAGAUGAAGACCCUACUGGAAACAAGGCUUUGUGGGAUAGAGGAUUACUGAAUGGAGCGUCACAAAAGGGUGAAAUAAUCGUAAACUUCCACAUCGGGGAGACGGUGACCUCCCUGCAGCGGGCCACGCUGAUCCCGGGCGGGUCGGAGGCGCUGCUGUACGCCACCGCCAGCGGCUCGCUCGGCGUGCUGCUGCCCUUCACCUCCAGGGAGGACCACGAUUUCUUCCAGCACCUGGAGAUGCACAUGAGAAGUGAAAACUCGCCACUAUGUGGUCGGGAUCACUUGUCGUUUAGGAGCUACUAUUAUCCAGUCAAGAAUGUGAUAGACGGCGAUCUCUGCGAGCAGUUCAACUCGCUCGAGCCGGCGAAGCAGAAGUCGAUAGCGGGCGACCUCGAGAGGACUCCCGCCGAAGUGUCGAAAAAGCUAGAAGACAUAAGAACACGAUAUGCGUUCUAGGAUGAUAGUGUGUGUGCUUUAGAAUAUAAUUUAAUUUAAUAAAUAAGGACUUAACUUUACAAUUA